AUGGAGUACCUGGUCAGCUUACCCAGAAUGGAGGGCGGGCUGGGCCUGGCAGACCUGAAGGUAUGGCUCCACGGGCUGGCGGUCCGCAGAGUGGGGAAGCUACUGGCGGAGCCAGACGGGGUCAGGAAAUGGCUCGCGGAGGAAGCGGCCGCGCUCCCUCAGGGGACGGUGACGUGGUAUGCGCACCCUGCGGUGAUCAAGAAAUGGGAGGGGGGAAGCGAGAGAUGGAAAGCGGCGGCGAAGGCGUUCUGGAAGACUCCCUUUGCGGACCUGCCAGACCCGACGUGCCGGUGGGAGGUAGAUGAGGAGUGGAUCUGUUUCAACAGAAAGCUGAUGCACAGGGGGAAGAGCCCUUUCGGGCUGCAGAAUAGAAUUUCGGAAGAGUGUACAGUGGUUCCCGAAAACCUUCCGUCCUAA